CACGUGCAUGACGGCUGCAGCUCCUGCACCUGUGGCGUGCAUCCUCCUCCUCUUUAUCAUUUCUGUAGAGACAUUCUUAGCCUCCACUGACAAAACCAACAGUCUAUGCACAAUGUCAUCCCCAUCCCCAACCCCAUCGUCGAAGUAUAUUUAUUCUCCUCUCAACCCCACCACACAGGAAAUCCGUCUCAUCACCCUUCAGUCUAACGCCAGCCUCACUGCACCGGUCAUCCUCACACUCUCCACUGAAUCUCUCUACAACAAGCCAUCAUACGAGGCUACAUCCUAUGUCUGGGGCGAUCCGGCUAUCACCGCUCCAAUCACUCUAGAUGGCGUCUCUGUCGACGUCACCACCAAUCUGGAGACAGCCUUGAGAUACUUUCGGUUGGAGUCAGAGGAGCGCGUACUAUGGGCAGACGCAAUUUGCAUCAACCAGCAGGAUAACAAAGAGAAGAGUGUGCAAGUUGGAUUUAUGGGCGAGAUCUACCUGUCAUGCACCAGAUGCCUUGCUUGGCUCGGAGAAGACCUUGAAGGAGAUGGCAAGACAGCAUUUACGAUGCUCAAGGGUAUCGUCGCCGGGGAUGCGUGGCCAUUCAACGAAUGUGCUGGUACAGCGAGACACUACGAGUCACAGCUUCAAUCGCUAAGCCGAAUGAUGAAUCGACCAUACUGGUCACGGUUGUGGGUCGUUCAGGAAACUGUGCUGCCUCUAGAUGUCGAGUACUGGUGCGGAAGCAGUAUGAUAAAUCGUGUUGACUGGACAGAGUCGGGACAUAUGGAUUGGUCAGCUCAUAUUCGAGCAGGCGGAUUGUGCGACACUUGUACUCGUGGACUGUAUUCGCUGCGAUUCGAUCCCGUACGGUCCUUCCGAAAAGGGGUCAAUAACUCUGCUACGGAAGCCGACUUAGCAUCAGAUAGCAUAAAGAUUGUGCAACAUAUGAGCGAGCUCAAGUGUCAAAAUCCUCUGGAUAUAGUAUAUGCAUUAAGGCAUAUGAUGACUUCAGAGUUUCGGUCUGGAAUUCCCAUCGAUUAUGAAAACACAAGCCUCAAUCAAUUAUCCGCACAAGUACUCGAAGCUGAUAUCAGAGAAACCGGCAAAUUGAGAGCUUUAGGGAUGAAGCAACUAGACGAGUCUGAGCUGGCCUUGUCCGAGCCAUCCUGGUGGCCAGUACUUUACAAGGACGUACCCACAACAUUCGAGAUCGAGGGCAUGCCACGAGGAAGAGGAUCUUUCGAAUUUGUCAACUUUCGUGCAUCCGGUUUGUCCCAGCCGAUUGCAGAGUUCAACAUGAUGGAAGGCGGUAUGAUGGGAAUAGCGAGUGUUAUGAUAGCAAGAGUCGAAGCUAGUGAAUCAUUACAUUCCAAAGACAUGGGGUUGGGUGCAGCAAGAGCGGCGAAGCUUCUCUGGGAGGAACUUAAUCCUGACGCAGACUACACCCGUCUCGCAGCAGAUAAAAAAUGGCCUACAGGUGCAGAAAUCGACCUUAGUACUCCUUACAUCGGAGGAGGAACAAUUCGUAAUGCUUGGUGGCGGACCAUGGUGUCAGACGUUAUCAUAAAUGAAAACUUAGAAGCUCGUCGUGCUAAGCCGGAGGAUGAGACCCCGUUCUGGGCCUUCAUCAAGAUGGUUUCUGGGACUACUAAAGCUUCUUGGGACUGGGAAGCAUUUCUGAUGGGAGGGAGAUCGGAAACUGACUAUAGCAUGCUCUUCAGUUGGGGUAUUGCAUGCUGGAGGCACUCCUUCAUUACAACAGACCAGGGAUACAUCGGAACAGGACCUUUAGCAACACUUACAGGAGAUGAAGUUCACAUUGUUGCAGGAUGUAACUGGCCAUUACUCCUCCGAAGGGUCACUGAAAAGACUGGAUCCUCCCCCGGAACCUACCGCUGCCUGGGAAGAUGUUAUAUUCAUGGCGUCAUGGACGGCGAAGUCGCAGAGAAUUUAGAGGAUCGAUUGUCCAAGAUCUAUCUAGUUUGAUUGGGGUGCAUGAGUACCAGAUAUUUGAAUGGGUACGACACUGAAUGGCGCCCGGAUGUGUUGUGCAUUAUUAGCAAUAUGUCCAAGGGUCUUAUAGGCACGUCGCGAUAUAGCUUUGAGGCCAGACGUGCUAGUAAUGUAAAAGAUAAUAGUCUAGCUAUCAUUCCGUAGCGUACUGGGCAGCUGAAUUGGUACGAUACUAAGCCUAGAGAAGAGGUGACCGAAGAGUUCGGCCCAGUACAAUCUCUGUUUUUUCGAUUCAAGUUACCUCUCCUCUUGCUAUGCGAACGACUACUGUCAG